AUGAGUGUUCGUCCUGUCAAUCUGAGGGACAACGCGACGAUAAGUGCCGCAGCUCGACAAGGCAUAGAAAUUCAGACAGAAAAGAAGUGGGCUGCUGGUUCGAAUAAACAACAUACUAAUCCUAAAAACAUUAACAAGCUUGAUGAGGAAACUGAAGACUUCCACCACGCUACGAUCUCUCCCGAUGUCGGACGGUUGAUUAUGCAAGGAAGGCAAGACGCCAAUCUUACUCAAAAAGAACUUGCUACAAAAAUCAAUGAGAAACCUCAGGUUAUUGCUGAGUAUGAACAAGGAAAGGCGAUUCCUAACCAAACUAUCCUUAGCAAGCUGGAGCGUGCCCUUGGGAUUAAACUUCGUGGCAAGGAUAAAGGCGCUCCUCUUAAUAAAGGAUCAAAGAAAGUUUUAUGA